AUGGAUCAGUCGCAAGAUGUCAAUUUGGAGGAGCUCUUCUGGCGGUCACCCCAGCAUGUGCAAAUGAUGGGAGGAUUCCUUCACUCCAAUAACAUUAUAUUUUAUUUUGCUGAAUCGCCUUUCUUCGAUGCCACGUCUAACAACGCCUCCCUCGCCAUCCAAGCAAAUUAUAAUGAAGCUUUGCGACACUUUUUGGAGACACGCGAGGUGUUUGAAGGCAGGCUCAAGACAAUGCAAGGACUGGAGUUUAUGGUCACAUAUGACCCUCUGCAAGACGCGGCGCAGUCCGAUACAGAGUUUGCUCAUACACCGUCGAAUAUCUGGGUGAUACGCAAACAAUUGAGACAGAAGCGGCCGGGGAAGGAGGAUGAUGUAGUCGUCCUUUCGACAUACUAUGUUGUCGGUGAUGCAGUAUAUAUGGCCCCUGCAGUUUCAAGUGUUGUUGGAAAUCGCAUACUUUCUGCCGUCACUUCACUAACAAAACUUCUCACUGUCGCCUCUCCUCUUCCGAUCUUCACUCCUUCCUACGGUCAUGUCUACAUGCCUCCGGGCCCUAAGGCAGUAGAUGCGCCUCAAACAACGACCACAACAACUUCGCAGUCAUCUCAACAGAGCAAGGAACUCACUCCGGUCCCAGACUCUCAAAGCUCCGCAAAGACUUUCUUGACUACUACCAGCACUACCUCUAAUGCCAAAGAUACAUCAUAUCAGCAUACGCGAAAUCUAAUGGAGGCCAUGAAUCUCCUUUCGCGAUACGGCGACGAGUUUAUGGAUGAAACGCCUUUGUCCGGCGAGCCCGGCUCGUUUAUCCUAUCGAAAGCCAACGAGAGUACCACGGCCGCUCGACGAGUGGCCAAAACGACGACAACAACGAAUAUGCAUGCGCCUGCAGUUCCCAGAAAGACGGGGACUCCGAGCGUGACGGAAUCCUCUACUCCUGCAAAAGGCGGCGAUUCUACGAUACAAAUCGCAAACAUGACGGUCACUACAGGACAACAGACCAAGCAAGCUGUAGUUUGCGUAUUCUGCGGCUCUGUCGGAGGCAAUAACCCAGCACACCUCGAAGCCGCCGUCGCCCUGGCGCGAGCCUUUCACGAACAAAAUGUACAUCUCGUCUACGGCGGUGGUACACACGGUCUGAUGGGCGCCGUCGCCAGAGAACUCGUGCGCCUCUCCGGACCAAAAGCCGUGCACGGAAUCAUUCCCAAAGCCCUCGUCAAAUUCAAAGACGGGCAGCAGCAGCAGCAACAAGAGGACGGAAAAGUGCACGAAGGAGCAGGCAAAACGCACGAGCGCACCGUUCAGGAGACCGACAAGAGGACCGAACUCAACGAGACCGAGUACGGCCUUACCACCAUUGUUCCAGACAUGCACACUCGCAAACGGCUCAUGGCAACAAAAGUGUUGGAAGGUGGACCGGGCUCUGGGUUUGUCUCGCUGGCUGGUGGGUUUGGUACAAUCGAGGAAGUGAUGGAGAUGACUACGUGGAAUCAGUUGGGCAUCCACACGGUUGGCAUUGUCCUGCUCAAUAUCAACGGAUACUGGGAUGGUGUUCUUGAGUGGAUUCAGAAUGCCGUUAGGGAAGGGUUUAUCAGCCAGGCUAAUGGCGAGAUCCUUGUUCAGGUCCAGCAGGUCAAGGAUGUCCUCCCCAAGCUGAGGGAGUAUACGGCCAGUGUGGAUCGUUUUCAAUUGACUUGGGGACAAGAGUGA